UUGACACUGGCGUUUGAUAGCGAGCAGGCGUCGUGCCAAAUCUGCCCAGUGUUGGUCAGCCUUUGUUUUAACUGAGUUGUACCGGUUUGUAACGUCAGACUGCAGCUUCAGGCCGUCUCGUUAACCCAGGAGAGACUUUUAGACAGGGAAAAAAAUAUUGCGGUUAUUAUUAUUAUCAUUUUUCAUCCAAUAUUAGGCCUGCUGUCGAAUGCUGGUUUGAUUAACGGUACAGGACAACAAUGGCUAGCAGCGGGCGGACCUGCCAGUGUUGCUCCGUGGACCGAUGCGUCUCAGUGGGAUAGCCAACAUUACAGCCGGCCUCGCUGACUAUCCUCCAUCUUCAAGGCUGCUACGAGCCGACACACCACCGCCAAAACCGACAAGCUUGUUUGCGCUGCCAAUCUUCAUAUCUGUGCCUGCGUGUGAACCAUGGAGACUUGUCAAGUGACCCUGGCAGUCAGAGGAGAAACAUCUCCAGGUGAGGUGAUUGCCGUUGUUGGUAGCUGUGAGACCCUGGGUGGCUGGUCCCAUCAGAGAGCUGUGACCUUACAGCCUGUUGGAGAUGAUGGCACAAUGUGGACUAAGACCAUCACUGUACCUAGAGGAGUUGUUUCAGAGUACCGCUAUUUCAAAGGUUUCUUCCUGGAGUCAAAGAGUGCAGGUGGUCCCUGUCAAGUGAUAGUCAAUUUGUGGGAGACCCAUCAGCAGCCACGCACGAUGAGCCCCACAGAGUCACAGCUGAAUGUUGAUGAUGGACAGUUUGGAAUUCACAAUGGGGUGAACUGUGUAGACUCUGGAUGGCUGACGUGCCAGACAGAGAUUCGUCUACGUUUACAUCACUCCAAGAAGUCUCCUGUGUCCAUUACCAAGAAGAAAUUCAAGAAGUCUCGCUUCAGGAUCAAGCUGACAUUAGAGGGUAUUGAGGAAGAGGAUGAUGAGGAGGAAGAUGAGCUCAGCCCUUCAUCAUGGCACAAGAUGACCACCACUCUGGAGAUCAGUAUGAUCAGUGGCAGUGGCUACAAGUCACGUCACUCCCAGCCUGAGUGUGGGUAUGCCCUGGAGCCCUCCCAGUGGACCGAGUACAGCAUCCACACCAUGGACCCUGACAACCUUGAGCUCACCUUCGAGUUCUUUGAGGAGGACCUGAGUGAGCCUGUCGUCCAGGGAGACGCUCAUCCGGGGCAUGUUGGCACAGCUUGCCUCCUCUCCUCCUCCUUUUUGGAGAGUGGCAAGGACACUGGAGUGGUCACACUUCCUAUCAUGGGAAGAAACUCUAGACAGACCAUUGGGAAAGUCAGAGUGGACUACCUGGUGAUCCGGCCUAUCCAGGGUGUGCAGUGUAACAUGAGCAGCUGCUUCACCAAGUACUGGAGGAAACGCAGCGCUCUGGAUGUGGGCCACCGAGGAGCGGGCAGUACACAUGCAGCCAAGCACCACAAAGUCAGGGAGAACACCAUAGCCUCAUUCAAAAGUGCUGCCAAACAUGGUGCUGCUUAUGUAGAGUUUGAUGUCCACCUCUCCAAGGAUGCCAUUCCCAUUGUUUACCAUGAUCUGACCUGCUGCAUAUCUACCAAAAAGAAGAACGACAAGACCUCUCUGGAGCUUAUUGAGGUGCCAGUCAAAGAUCUGACAUUUGAUCAGCUGCAGCUUCUGAAGCUGGCCCAUGCUACUGCCAUGAAAGGAAACAAUCACAAAGAUCUGCUGGAUGAUGAAGAUGAAAUUGAUGAGCAUCAGCCUUUCCCUUCACUGUCACAGAUCUUCCAAGCUGUUCCUGAGCAUGUUGGCUUCAACAUUGAGCUGAAAUGGAUCUGCCAGAUGAAGGAUGGAUCAUGGGAGGGCAACUUAUCGUCCUACUUCAACAUGAACACUUUCCUCGACAUUAUCCUGUCCUGUGUUCUGCAGAAAGCUGGCAAAAGACGCAUAGUCUUCUCCUGCUUCGAUCCAGAUAUCUGCACCAUGGUGAGACAGAAGCAGAACAAGUAUCCUAUCCUGUUCCUGACCCAAGGUAUCUCAGACAUCUACCCUGAGCUCAUGGACAUCCGCUGCCAGACCACUCAGAUUGCCAUGAGCUUCGCCCAGAGCGAGAAUAUUCUGGGAAUCAGCGCUCACACUGAGGAGCUGCUGAAGAACCUCAACUACAUUAGGGAGGCCCAGUCUAAAGGCCUGGUGGUGUUCAGCUGGGGAGACGACAACAAUGACCAUGAGAACAGGAGAAAGCUGAGAGAGCAAGGCAUUGAUGGGCUUAUCUAUGAUAGAAUCUGCGAGGACCAAGGAGAGCAGCCAAACAUCUUCAAGGUAGAGGAGCAGCAUUCUCUGCAGGAGGUGAUCACAGAGGAGACCCUGAAGAGUUCUAUGUGUUCCUGCUACUCCAUUCCCUGCUCCUCGGCGCCCUGCAUGGCCUCCAAGGCCCGUGCUGGCAGUGCUGAGUCCGAUUCUGGCCUCAGCUCUUCCUAAAUGUCCCACACCCUUUAUCUUCCUAUCACCCUGUCUGUACUUUCAAACUGGGAAGGACUAAGGUGGGUUUGGGAUGAUAAAAUUAGCAUGUACUUGUCCAUAAAGAAGAAUUAAGUCUUGUGUAUAUACAUAUUUAGGGUAAGACUUGAGCGAGUAAUGAUUAUGAUGGGGUUUGCCAUUUUUGUCCCAUCAUAUAUGGUCACACAGUGGUGACUUUACUUGAACCAGCCUCCACUCCACUCUACUUAGUCAUUUACAGAUUUCGAGUGAGUCCUUUGUCUUCACAGGUGUUUUAUUUAUUUUUCCUGGUAAGAGGGGGACAUUCUGCCAAACUGUCAAGGUUACCAUGUGCUAAGGAUUCUUUUAAGUAUCAUUUUAAUGGAUAAGGCCUGUUCCAAAAUAUCAUUGCUGUGAGGUAAAAGCAUUGUUUCUAAAAUGUUAACUUUUCAAGAAUCAAGAAAAUCAGCCUUGUUAUUCACUUCACUGGACAUUUUUUUUUGUUUGUUUUUAUUUAUAAAUGGGUUUUUCAGGGUUUUUUCCAGUCCAAGUAACCACACAAUCUUUGAGUUGCAUGCUCAAAAUUGCUGUUACAAGGUUUUCACAUGACAACAGUGAUUUUUUUUUCCCAGAGGUCUUUAUAACAUCAAACUAAGAAAUGUAACUUACCAGAGGAUGUUUGAUUAGCCAAUAUUUUACAUCUGUACAUAGGUGAAGUGCUAAAAUGUAAUGCAUAUGAGGUCCUCCCAGACAUAUUGUUUUACAUAGGAUUAUAUGCUGAUUGUAUAGUGAGAGGCUAUCAUAAACUACAUGGUAAUAUACUUAUGUCGUUCCAUUCUGCUGUUUUUUGUAAGUCUGUAUUUUUCUGCAUACAGCCAAGGGACUGGAGCACAUUACAAAUCAUACAGUCAGGCGUGCAUUUGGAUGAAUGUGCUUGUUGCCAUUAAUGAAUGAAUGCCCAGCUCUCGAUGGCAAGACUACAGCACUUGUAAGGGGUCCACAGCUAAGUAGAUACUGUUGAUAGUAUCUCAUUAAUGACUUCUUGAAUGGACUGUUAAAACGCAGUUCAUCUGGCUCUCGGCACCUGUAAACUACUAUAUUCACUAUUGGGAAUUCUUAAGUUAUAGCUCUGCUUUUGUAAAGGAUAUAGAUAAUCCUUAAUUAUUUCUUAUCUACCUUAUUUGAUGAAAAGUUGACAUUUUAUUUGCGACGGUGCUUGAUAUUUACAUGCUGCAGCCUUAUAGGUAAAAAUCAUGGCCGUCUCCUUUUUUCUGCUGCUUGUCUUGAUGUCACCAGUACCUCACUGGUUAUCACUUGCUGCAAUAGACCAAGGCCUGUCAUGUCUGUAUAGAAAGAACAAAUACUUAACCAUUUUCUCUACACAGUACCCAUCCUUUAAGUUAUGCUUCCUGUAUGGCAAAGUCAUUUUGGUCAAAUAAUCCAUCAUUUUCGUGUCAAAUUGGUGCAUCAAAAUAAUGCAAUGAAAAUGCUGCAUUGCAAACACAAGUCCAUUCUUGUACUGUAUGUGUACUGUUCAUUGUAUCAGAUCUCAUCACAAAACCUCACAUUUGAGUCAUGCAUGCUCUGUAUGUAUGAACAAAGUCUGGAUGAAUGAAUGAAGAGAGUAGAUUGUACAAAUGAAUAAUGAAUAAAAACAAGCUUCUAUUUAAA